AAUUCUGUAGGGUGAUGUUAUCCAUAUUGUUAUGGAAAGAAAGUGUGCCCAAAUUCAUAGAAAAAAUUUGAAAGAAGGUCAAAUUUAUACUAUCACAAAUUUCGGAUGUGUGCAGUCUUUAAAUUAUAGGCCUGUUUCAUCUAAUAUUAGAAUACGGGUUAAUGCUGCUACUAAAUUCCUUCUUGAGAGUGAAAAUGUUGCUUCUAUAUUACCUCAUAAAUUUGAAUUCAAGUCCUUUCAAGAGUGCAAAGAAAGACUGCAUCAACUAACAUAUUUAACAGAGGUAGGCUACAGUGCGCGAGGAUCAAAGUUACCAUGUAAAAUUUGGUUGAUGGAUUUUGAAGAAGCAGAAUUUUCUAUUAGUCUAUGGGGAAAAGCAAAGCAGCAAAUACGAGAGUUAAAACUUUGGGAAAAGGAUUCAACACAAAUUGUUAUCAUUACCUCUUUAGCUACCAAACAAUUUGAUGGAGAAAUUCAUGGAGCUAGCAUGUCUCCAACAAUGAUCUAUGUUAAUCUUGACAUCCCUGAAGUGAAACAAUAUCUAGACAGGUUUGGUAGUUUCAAUAUUCAACCUCAAUUACUUACUAGAAAAUUCGAGCUGGUUGAAGAAACUUCAGAGACUAUGCCUUUUAUCAAAAAAACAAUAUCAGAUUUGAUACAAAUUUCUGUGUUAGAAGUUGAACCAGGCCAAAGGUUUCAAGUUGAAGCAGAAGUUGUUGGCUUUGACGUAGAUUCUGGUUGGUUUUACACAGCUUGUAAACAAUGCACCAGGAAACUUCCUCCUGCUUACACUGGUCGAGGAUGUCGGGUUUGUAAUACUCCACAGUCUGAAUCAAUGAUUUGGUAUCAUUUGAAGACCAUAGUGCAAGAUGAGACCAGCUCAACUACUUUUAUUAUCUUUGGUACAAAAGGUGAAAAACUACUUGGAACAUCAGUUAAUAAUUUAAUUGCAUCAGCAGCAGUGGAUCCUGAAGUACUUCAUCCAGUGAUGGAGAGACUUUGUGAGAAAAGGGUUAAAAAAAUUUUUCAUGUGACAGUUAAACAUAAUGAAUAUAAGGAGGAUGCUGUGAGUUUUAUUGUUCAAAAUUUGUUUGAUCUACCCUCUACUCCCUUUCCUUUUGUUGAUCCAAUUGCAGUUGGAAGACAACCUAUUUGUUGAGAAGGGCAAAGCAAGUUAGCUGAACCCCUUAAAAAGGAUGAAAUUACUCCGCUAUUAGAAAAACUGCAAUCAGAUUAUCUUGAGCAAUUACCUCUAUCUACAGGCCUUUUGUUGACGUAAGAGACUUACAUUUACACUGUUAUCUUCUGCUUUUCUUUUCUUUUCUUUUCUUUUCUUUUCUUUUUUUUUUUUUUAAAUUUAAUAGAAGUUUUUGUUUAAUGGUGUUUAUGGCAGUGAUCUUUUUACCCAAAUUGGAGCAUCUGCAAAACCAGAUUAGACAAAACAUAUACAGUGUGGUAUAGGUGGAUUCAUAUUAGUAAACAAAUAACAAUAUUGCAAAGUAAUGACUAGGAGGGAGUAGGAAAAUGGAGGGGAAGAGAACAAAGGAGAAAGAGAGAUUAAUAUUAAAUCAAGUAACAUAACUUAUCCUUGAUAGACUCAAGUGCACAAUAAAUUCUUUGAUAAAACCUAAAUUAAUUUAGAUCAGUUGAGUAAGCUCACUCUAUUUUUAAGCCUAAUAUAACAAGUAGCAGAAUUCAAUUUUGGUUGCUUUUAGUUUCGUCCAGGAGAAAGAGAGAAGGUUAAUAGAGGAUGGAAACAUUG